GGUCGCCUGCAGUGCGCAGAGUGGAGGUAACAGCUGAUUUGUUCUUCCUAACCUCGAUCAUGAUGUCGAUUGUUUUCUUGUAAAUCAGUGACAUUCUGCGAUUUUCACGUGUCAGUGAGGAUUGGCGAUCGCGAGUAUUAGCGAGUACGAUUGAUUUUAAUCGAACUUUGGCCAGAUCGAAUCGGCAACGAUGAAAAUCGUCCAACGAUGGAAGACUGCUGAGGAUUUCGAUUUCUUGCGUGGUAGCAGUGCUUGGACGAAGGUUAAAUAUUUCUGGCGCAAGGGAUGGAUAGAGAUCCCGGUGAUAAUGGGAUGUUCAAUUUUUUUUUUAGCAGGAACUAGUAUGGGCUGCUUUUCACUGUAUUAUGGCUUAACGCAUGAUUUAACUCCGAAAUAUUACAAAACGCUGAAAAUUUACAGACCGGAUGAUCCGGCAGUUCAGAAGAUCCGUUACACCUCGGUCUUUGAUUAAAAAAUAUUUAUUUAAUAAAUUUCAGUAGCACAAUACGAGUGGUAUACAGUUAUUAUAUAUCCUUCCAUUGUAGAUUUAUGUUUUAAAUAAAUG